AUGUUCAAGAGUGCUACAUUAGCCAGGAGUUCGAGUUCACUGCUUCUUCACCCAUCCAAGAAAGUUGUUGCGAGAUGGGUGAAUUCUCAGGCUUACGAAGACUCUAUCAAAAUGUUGAAAACCGAUCUGAAAAAAGCCAUGCUGGCGAAAGAUGACUUCAAAAAAACCACCAUUCGUGGUCUUCUUUCCGGAAUCAAGAACAAAGAAAUUGACAGUAAGGGAAAGUCGCUCGAUGAGUUCACGCUCCACGAGCUAUAUUCCAAGCUCAUUGCUCAGAGAGCCGAGUCCAUUAAGCAAUUCGAGCAGAACAAUAGACCAGAACUGAUCGAACGAGAGAAAAAAGAGACAGAGCUCAUUCAAGGGUAUCUUGGCCAAUUGCCAGUUGCGUCGAGAGCCGAGGUUGACUCUCAUGUCAUGGAGUUGCUACAAAAACUUCGCAAAACCGAGCCUGCAUUACAAUUGAAAGACGUUUUCGGCAAGAUCGACUGGAAAACUGUACCAAAUGAAUGGAAAGCUUCUGCAUCGCAUAUUCGUGCGAGCAUUGCCACCCAAUACAAGAGGGUCUUCUAG